AUCAGCACAUGUGUCCAAUAAUAGGGUAAAAAUGGUCACAAAGAGUUUUUUUUGUUUUGAAAAAGGUGCGCCUACCACUCUACCAGCACUAGUGGUGUCUGCGGAGAGCCGGAGACUAGUCCGUUUCAGUAAAUCAAACUCCAACUCAACAAAGAGACUGGUUAGGAGUGGACUACAAAUCAAGAAAGAAACAAUACCAAAACAGAGAUCUUUCAAUUAUUACAAAUGGCAGCGGUUGAAAUCGUAUCAACAUGCUUAGUUGGAGCUGCCGGAGCACCAACGGCAGGAAGGUCAAGAAUCGAGUUGACGCCGUGGGAUCUGCAACUCCUCCUAAUUGGCUGCAUCCAGAAAGGGCUCCUCUUCCCCAAACCAACCCCUCAACAGGAACAGAACCUCUUCAUCCACUCCACACUAAUUGAUCGCCUGAAAACCUCUCUUUCCGCCGCCCUCGAUUUCUUUACUCCUCUUGCCGGCCGUUUUGCCACGGACGAGGAGGAUGAGGAGAAUAACACCUCUACCGUUUUUACAGACUGCAAUAAUGCCGGUGUCGAGUUCGUAGAAGCCAAGGCCGCCGGCGUCACCGUCGCGGCCAUUCUUGAUCCGUCCAACGACGGCGCUGCAAAUACAAUCCGAUCUUUCUUUCCCCUCAACGGAAACCGCAACUGCGACGGGAUCUGCAAGCCGCUGUUGGGAGUGCAAGUCACGGAGCUUCUCGACGGCUACUUCAUCGGCUGCUCUUUGAACCACGCCGUCGGCGACGGCGCAUCCUUCUGGAACUUCUUCCGUUCUUGGGCGGAGCUAUCUCGCGGUUGCCCUCAAAUCUCGGAACCUCCCAUCCUGGACCGCUGGUUCCCGGAAAACACCACCCGCCCGGUUCGUCUCCCUAUAGCUCUCAACAAAGAAAGACUAGCUCUUGGCUGUAUGAAAACUCCGCCGGCAUAUGCAGAGCGGGUAUUCCGGUUGAGCAGAGAAGCCAUAGACAAGCUCAAACAAAAGGUGAACUCUGAAUUGGGAAUGCCAAACAACAACUCCGUCUCCUCCCUGCAGGCAUACAUGGCCCACAUAUGGGUAUCGGUCACCCGUGCACGGGAACUCGACGGGAACGAAGAGGUUCAGCUCUCCAUUACCAUCGGAACCCGGUCGAGGGUCCCACUGCCGGAAGGGUACUGGGGAAAUGCGAUUUACCUAAAAAUGGUGUCGGCGAAAGCAGGGGAGCUCAUGGAGAAAGGAGUGGGCUGGGCAGCUCUGAAGCUGAAGGAAACAGUGGAGAAGCAAUGUCGGGAAGAAGUGAUGAAUGAGUAUUUGAGGUGGGUGAGAUCGCCGGCGUUUCUCAGCGAGAAGAAGCUUUACUUGGCUAGAAAUAAGCUGGUCAUAAGCAGCUCUCCCCGGUUUGACAUGUACGGAGCGGAUUUCGGGUGGGGGAAACCGGUUGCGGUGAGGAGCGGAAUGGGGCAUAAGUCGGACGGGAGAGUGACGCUUUUGGCUGGACCGGAAGAAGGGAGUGUGGAUAUAGAGCUCUGCAUUCUUCCCAAGACUUUAAUGGCACUGUGUAACGACCCAGGGUUCAUGGAGUAUGUCACUAUUCCGGGGUGUUAUUAAAUGGAUCAAAUUGCUGCUGGAGGAUGAUUUCUUGAAGACUUUUGAGCAGAUUCGUGUUGAUAAUGUGUUGUGAAAUGAAGAAGAUGCAGAAUAGAUUAAAGAAAUAGAUAUAUUAUUAAUAACAUCUAAAUAACUUCUUCUUAAUCUCUGAAAUUUUUGAGUUUUCUGAAUUAAAUUUACAAAGGAUUGAACAUACUA